AUGCAGCUCGAAUCGCUAUUCGCCUGCCAGCAGAUCAACACCGAUCUGCAGCGAUACCACGCCACGGUCGCGGGAUUGGACGGCGAGACGGUGGCAGACCUGAUGGAUGUGCUGCGGCUUCCGCCGGCGGCUGGCAAGUACGAGAAUUUGAAGCGGCAAGUUCUGGCUCGACACGGCGAUACCACGCAGCAGCGCCUGCACAAGCUGCUCUCCGGCCUCACCAUCGGAGAUCGCACUCUUGCGCAGCUGCUUCGACACAUGCGGGCUCUGGCGGGGGAUAGCAUCACGGAUGAUGCCCUCCGGAUCCGAUGGCUGGACCUUCUGCCCUCCGCGACCUCGAGGAUGCUAAGGCUCCUACGGAAAGCGGAUCUAGACGAGCUUGCGCAAACGGCGGACGAGCUGGUCGACACCGUGCCCGACAUCUGCGCGGUGCGCGCUACGCGCGCGGCGACGAGCACCGUGGCCGCGCCGACGGUCGCAUCCGACUCCGCUGCGCUGGAGUCGAUCAGGGCCGAGCUGACAGCCCAGCGCGGCAUCCUCGAGGACAUUCGCAACGCGAUGAGGAGUGCCCGGCCACGCGACCGCAGUCGGUCCCGUCCCCGGAACCAGUCCACCGGCCGCGGCGACCUCUGCUUCUACCACGCCCGGUUUGGCGAGAGCGCCGAGAAUUGCCGCCCGCCGUGCGGCUACGUCGCAAACACUCAGCCGGGAAACCGCUAA